AUGUGCAGAGCAAGCAAAUGAGUUUUGACUAAUCUCUCCAAAAAUUACCUAACCUUAGUACUAGUAUUCAAAUCCUUCUCGCGUUUGCUCACACGCAAUCACCAUAAUAUAAUUUGAUCUUUCAAAACCAUUCCCGGCCCAUUACUAUAAAUGAGGUUUUCUUCUGCAUUGACUAAAACAGCAAUUAAUAACCAAUCUCAUGAUCAUUUUGUAAUAAACCUAACCUUCUUUGAAGUUAGGAGUAACAUCUUCAAUGGCUUCUUCUGCAAUCCCUCCUCCCCUGCUCUUACUCUCCCUUUUGCCCUUGUAUGCUGCUGCUUCUAAUGUAACUUUGGGCUCAUCACUUUCCACCACAAGCGAUGACCCUUCUUCAUGGGUUUCACCUUCUGGGGAUUUUGCUUUUGGAUUCCGACAACUUAACAAUACCAACAUCUUCUUGCUUGCGAUAUGGUACGCCCAAAUACCCGAUCAAACCAUCGUUUGGCAAGCAAACACAAAUAGUCCAGUGCAAGCAGGAUCAAACAUCGAACUCGCAGCGAAUGGGCUCAAUCUAACUGAUCCCAAUGGCCUGACAAUCUGGAGUGCGCAACAAAAUUCCACCACCUCCUAUGGCGCGAUGCUUGACACGGGAAAUUUCAUACUUUCAGGUACUAAUACAUAUGUUUAUGUGUGGCAAAGUUUUGACUAUCCCACAGACACGAUUUUACCAACCCAAAUACUGCCAUUGGGUGGCAUGUUGUAUUCUAAAUUGUCUACAACUAACUACACAAAAGGAAGGUUCGUGCUCCAUUUCACGAAUGGAGAUCUCCAGCUCAAUCCUAUUGCCUGGCCAACCGAACACCAAUAUACCUAUUACUACAGUAGUGGAACAGCGAACCCUAAUUCUUCUCUAUCUGGGUUUCAGCUGGUUUUCAAUCAAUCCGGAGAUGUCUACAUUCUGCUUGGGAAUGGGUCGAAUUUCCAACUCUGGCAAAAUAUCUUUCGAAACUCAAACAACUAUUAUCGUGCGACCCUAGAUUUUGACGGUGUUUUCAGGGAAUACGCUUGUGCGAAGAGUUCAGACGGCAACCAGAGGUGGUCAGUUGUUGGAUACAUUCCUGAUGAUAUAUGUUCGGAUCUGACAAAUGAGGAAUAUGGUAGUGGUGCAUGUGGGUACAAUAGCUACUGCGUGGCAAAUGGUGCCAGUAUUAGUUGCUAUUGCCCACCUGGGUUUUCAUACAUCGAUCUGAAUAACGAAAAUGGCGGAUGCGCACCUGAUUUCCCUCCAAAUUGUGAAGUAGACAACGGAACGAGCAACCUGGAAGACGUGUAUGAUUUGAUUGAGCUCCAAGACAUUAAUUUCCCGUUCGGAGAUUAUGAUCAAUUGGGUCCUUACAACUCGACACAGUGUGGACAAGCUUGUUUGAAGGAUUGUAAUUGUGCUGUUUCCAUAUUCAAUGGCUCAUAUUGUUGGAAGAAGAGACUGCCUAUGUCUAAUGGGAGACGGGAGACUGCACUAGCUUUUGUCAAAGUGAUGAAAGGUGUGAUUUCUCUAAUGGUUUUCUCAAGGCGUCAGAGAAAGUCAAGAAAGGACGUAAAUGACUCAAGUGUCUUUGAAACAAACUUGCAUGUUUUCACUUUUGAAGAGCUAAAAAAAGCGACAGAAGAGUUCAAGGAAGAACUGGGAAUGGGUUCAUUCGGCAUUGUUUACAAAGGCGUAGUGAAAUAUGGUUCUAAGACUCAAGUUGCAGUCAAGAAGUUGGACAAGUUAUCGCAAGGAGGAGAGAUGGAAUUCAAAGCCGAAGUGACUGCAAUUGGGAGAACCCAUCACAAGAAUCUUGUCCAAUUGCUCGGCUAUUGUUGUGAGGGGCCACACAGGAUUCUAGUGUACGAGUUCAUGAGUAAUGGCAGUUUAGCGAAUUUCAUCUUUGGCAUCCCAAGACCUGAUUGGUAUCAACGGGUUCAGGUAGCUCUGGGGAUCGCAAGAGGACUGGUGUACUUACAUGAAGAAUGCACGACCCCAAUAAUCCAUUGUGACAUAAAGCCCCAAAACAUACUCAUCGACGAAUUGUUCAUACCACGAAUUUCUGACUUCGGACUGGCAAAAUCCUUAGUGCUCAAUCAAACUCGAACGCAUACAGGGAUAAGGGGGACUCGAGGAUACAUCGCUCCAGAGUGGUUCAGAUAUGUACCUGUGACAGUUAAAGUUGAUGUAUAUAGUUUUGGUGUUAUGUUGCUCGAGAUUAUUUGUUGCAGAAAGAGUGUCGCACAGGAGUUUGAAGAUGAAGAGAGAGCAAUAUUAACAGACUGGGCCUAUGAUUGCUUUAGAGAAGGGACUCUAGAUGCUUUAGUGGAAAAUGAUGACGCUGCUAUGAAUGAUAUUAAAACAUUGCAAAGGUGGGUCAUGACAGCAAUCUGGUGUAUACAGGAGGAUCCGUUGCAAAGGCCUGCAAUGAGUAUGGUCAUACAAAUGCUGGAAGGAUAUGUUGAAGUUCCAAUUCCUAUCUGAACUUCUUCAAUCUAUGCAACUUUAUGGACCAUGAAGACAAAGAUGGAAGAAGAUUAUUUUUCUAUUUUUAUUUUCUAUUCUACUAUCCCAAAGGACUGUGUGCAUGAAUUUUUCCUAUUGUAGUGGGCAAAUUUCAAGCAGUUGAAUCAUUUA